UUCAACUGUUGUUAAAAGGGGUUUUCGAAAACUGUGAUCUGAUUGAUCGGAUUGAUAGGAUUAUUAAUCCAGACAUUCGAAAAGUGAUCUCAAAACGAGUCAAUGCGUUCGGAAAGUGAUCCGAAUAACUCGAUUUUUGCCACAAUAUAUAUGUUGUAAUCCUACUAACCCUUCUAACGAGUCAGUACCAGUACCAUACAAAUUAAAGAACUUCAUGGUCCUUUAACAACCGUCCUUUUGGUUGUACAUCUCUCUCGCACUCAUGUGGAAUAUACAGAGAUGCUACAGAUGGAUUUCUUCACAAACUGUGAUGUUAUGAAUGAUUCUUUACCACUACAAUACAAAAUAAAGGACAAAACCAGCAAUGAAGUUUAUACAAUUCAAAAAAUACCCUUUAACAAGGAAGAUGAACAAAAUACUCUUACAAAGAAGAUUGAAAUAAGAAAAAAUAUAAAUCACCUACAUGUUAUAAAGUUUUAUGAAUAUAUUUGUGAAAAUGGAUUUGUUUACAGUAAACAAGACCAAUGUAAAUAUGGGUCUUUGUCGAAUUUUAUACAGGAAGAGUGUUUUGAAAAGAAUCAAUAUUUACAUGAAGAUUUUUUGUGCAGAAUGUUAUAUCAAAUUGCUUUGGCAUUAACAACUGUUGAAUGUUUUAUGGGUGAUCUCAAUAUGAACACCAUUUUUCUUGACAAAGAUUAUAACAUAAAAUUAUACAACUUUUUUACUAUUCAUGAUGGUGAAAAUUAUGGUGAGAACUUCAAUCAAAAAGAGGUAAAAAUGUAUCAUUUAGGACAUGUUAUGUUUGAACUAACAACUCUCAAACCGUUUGAGAAAGUAUCUUAUGAGAAACAUUUAGAAAAUAUUAGUUAUUCAGAUGAUUACAUUAAUAUUUUGGUAUCUAUGUUAAAAAGUAAGACAGAAAUUAAAAAAUAUUUAAAUAAGAUUUUGAGCCAUCCUAGAAUUUUACUUAAUUCAACAAAUUGGUCCCUAGAAAGAUGUUUUAUUGAGAAAAAUAUUGGUGAUAGUUCAAAAUCUGAAAUUCUGGAAAGAUUGGAGAAAAUCAGACAGAGAGAAGCCGCUGUUAAAAUUAAAGAACAAAUAUUAAAGGAGAAGGAAAGAAAAAUAGAAAAUAAAGAGAAAAAACUUCAUAUAUUAGAGCGUACAUUAAAAGAAAAAAUUCAACAGGUAGAAUUACACUUAAAAAGGUGUCGUGAAGGAAAAUCAUUAACCAGUGGAAGUUCUAAAGCUAGUAGUACAAAUUCUCAAUUGAGUUCAAGAUCGCAGAAACUAUCUUAUGAAGAACUAGAUUCAACCUACGUAAGUUGUGCACCAUCUGAUUUGAUUAAAACAAGCACUAAACUACAGGUUAACAAUAUAUCUAAGCCUCAGAACUUUCCAAAGACUCUGUCAGAAAAAAGGAUAACAUUUAAAGUUAGCCCCCUCAAAGACAAUAAUCGAAAAAUUACUAAUAAAAGAAAUAGCAUUAGAAGGUCAAGAAUUUUAGACGAAAAUAUUGAUAUUCAUAAGUUGGGUGAAUAUGAGAACAAUAUAAAAAUAGAAGGAAGCAUUGAUAAUGUUGCUUGGUCAAAAGAGAAUAAAAAGUAUGCUUUUGAUAUGCUCAGAAUAAUGAAUUCAGAAGAUAAAGAAAAUACCGAAGUUAAACAUACAUAUCUUUGAAAAUUUGGUACAAAGUUACGUGCAAUAUUGAAGUAGCAAUCAAAAACACAUGUGAUAGUUAUUAUUAAAAGAACAAAGAAAAAAAUUUCAUACAGUUA